CUGGGACUCCACCCCCCCACUUUCCAAAAAUCCUUGGCACACCCCUUUUCGCACUUCCAGGCCCACCCACAUUCCGAACCGGAAGCCACGUCGGGCAUGAGGUUUCUGGGCAUCGUACAAUAGUGAUGACUCGAUGCUCCCCCCCCGAAUGCAGAAGCUUCCUCUCACGCCCCCAGUGAGACCCUUUGUGAUUGUAGUCGACGACGUGGUAGAUGUAGGCAACCAGGAUGACGACAUAUCCAUUGACGGUGUUAAAGAGAGGGAGGCAGCCCCUGCAUAUAGUGUUGUCAUGCAUGAUGUUGCGAGCAGGAAGCUAGUUGAUGAUGUCGGGAAGCCUCUGCAAACCACUCCAACUGAUGGGGUGAAAAAGAACAGGCCUUGGGUGUUGGAGGAGAAAGUGGAUUUGGUGGAAUGUAUGAGGGAGGACGAUGCCCUCAUGGCGAAUGCCAGUGGGAGGAUUAAAUGUAUGAAAAGAUCGAAGAGGAAUGAGUGGGUGGUGAAGAGGAUGUCAGAGCGAGGGUGGAACAAAAUUGCUGAGGACUAUAGGAAAAAAUGGUCGGAGUUGACAAACAAGUUGCGGAUCGUAAGGGACAAGUGCGGCGGUUCUGCUAAGCCAUCGUAUUGGGAUAUGACCGGUGAGCAGUUCGAACAACAGCUAUGGGAGGCAAUGGAGUGGUACAAGAAUCUGACAGGGGAUGGAGCAUCCACCAAAGCUCAAGCGUCGAGGGGUGUUGGCACUGUUGGGACAUUAGAUAUGGGAGUUGGAACGCAGGGAGUAGGGACGUCUGGAGGUGGAGGGCCUGGAGGCACAUCAGAUGGUGCAGGGAAACCAAUGGGGCCCGGCCCGUCACAUGGAGGUGAUGCGCCUAUUCCAGGAGGAGGGACAACCGAUGAAUCCGAGAGCGCCCGGAAGAUAUGUCGGACAGGGAGCAGAAAGACCCACGCUUCUCAAAAUAGUGCACCGCCCGUUUCCUCGGUCGCUCAAGCCAUGCAUGAGUCCACUAGUGCUUAUUGCGAAAGUUUGGACAGGGCGCUGGAGAAGGCUGUUGGAACACUUGGUAGAGCAAGCAAAGAGAGUGUGACAGUUAAUGCUGUGCGGAUUGGUGACAUGGCGACCCAGAUCGGCAACGUGGCGACGACCAUGCAGCUGAAAAAUCACGUGCUGGAGAUGCUGGUCGGGGUUAUGGCACGAAGACGGGGCAGCCCGGGAGGGGGCGACGAUCCGGCAAGCCCGUAGAUUGGCGUGCACCGUUUUGCACAUCAACAGCGUAAGCGGAGAAUUGAGGAGGUGUGGUACACUGGUACGCGGUAUGGAAAAAGUAGUAAAUCACAUUUAAAAAA